GGGGGCGCGCAGCCGCCCCCGGUCACGGCGGGCUCCCUCUCCUGGAAGAGGUGCGCCGGCUGCGGGGGGAAGAUCGCCGACCGCUUCCUGCUCUACGCCAUGGACAGCUACUGGCACAGCCGCUGCCUCAAGUGCUCCUGCUGCCAGGCCCAGCUGGGGGACAUCGGCACCUCCUGCUACACCAAGAGCGGGAUGAUUCUCUGCAGAAACGACUACAUCAGGUUAUUUGGAAAUAGUGGUGCUUGCAGUGCCUGUGGACAGUCCAUUCCUGCUAGUGAGCUGGUCAUGAGGGCACAGGGCAAUGUCUAUCAUCUUAAGUGUUUUACAUGCUCUACCUGCCGGAAUCGCCUGGUCCCCGGAGAUCGGUUUCACUACAUCAAUGGCAGUUUAUUUUGUGAACAUGAUAGACCUACAGCUCUCAUCAAUGGCCAUUUGAAUUCACUUCAGAGUAAUCCACUACUGCCAGACCAGAAGGUCUGCUAAAAGGUCAGAGUAAUGCAGAAUGCGUGCCUUCAUCUCAAAUUUUGUUCAUCACAGAUGGAUCCCAUGUCUCCAAGUAGACAAGUCACCUUUGUAGCUAGCAUCAAUGCCAGCUCCAUACCAUUGCACCUUCUUUAUUCUUGAUUGCCCUUCCCACAUUUAUUGGUGUAUUAAAAUGACUGAAUAUGAACAUUAAGGACUCCAUGAACCUGGGCUAAUGGGAGACUGUAGAGAAAAUGAAAAAAGAUCCACCGGAGGACAUCUUGGG